UUCUUCUUCUUUUCUUUUCCUUUCCUUUCCUUUCCUUUCCAUCUCCAUGUGGCUGCAGUCUCCUGUCUGCUCUCUUUCCUAGCUACUUCCUCUUUCCCUUUUAAAAAAUUAGAACUUCUCUCUCUCUUUUUUUUUUUUUUUUUUUUUUUUUUUUUCUUUUAGCUAAUAAAUUUAAUAAUUUUAUUAAUUAUUCUCUUUCAGUUGAUUCUUUCCUUCCAUCUUCUCUUUUGUUGAUGUGAUCAACUUUCUCGGGGUAAGAGAUGGUUGCAGAAUCGUGGUUUCGUGGUUUGUGGAAGAUCCCACGUAAGCAUGAAUCUGGUCCUGAGAAGGUGGUAAUUGGGGUUCUGGCCUUUGAAGUUGCUAGCUUGAUGUCUAAGUUAGUCCACUUAUGGCAGUCCUUGAGCGAUAAACAGGUUUUAAGGUUGAGAGAGGAGAUAUCAAAUUCUGUGGGUAUAAAGAAGCUUGUAUCAGAGGAUGAUGAUUUCAUUGUUAGUUUGAUUUGUGCAGAGUUGAUUGAAAGUAUGGUACAUGUUGCAAAAUCUGUGGCCAGAUUAGGGAUGAAAUGUUCUGACCCUGGUCUGAAGAGUUUUGAGCAUGUUUUUGAUGACUUGAUUAAGCUUGGUACUGACACAUAUGGGUGGGAAUUCUCAUAUAAGAAAAUGGAUAAGAAAGUUAAAAGGAUGGAGCGUUUUAUUUCAAUUAAUGCUACCUUGUAUCAAGAGAUGGAAAUGCUUGCAGACCUUGAGCAGACCGUGAAGAGAAUGAAGAGCAAUGAUACUGAGCCAGAUAAUAUACUUGAUUAUCAGAAGAAGCUUGUUUGGAAACGACAUGAAGUGAAGAAUCUGAGGGAGCUAUCUCUUUGGAAUAGAACGUAUGAUUAUACACUCCGUCUUUUAGUGAGAUCACUGUUCACUAUAUUUAGUAGAAUCAAUUAUGUGUUUGGCAUUAAUCUGAUGGCUUCCUCUGGGAACUCAAAAUUUUUGGAUUCUGAUCACAUUUACCGGAGUCAGUCAGUUUCAGCGCUGUUGCAGGCUUCAGUUCACCCUUCAGAGAGCAAUAGGAUCCCUAGAUUCUCUUCUGGCCCCCUUGGUGGGUAUAUUGCAAAAUCAGGCCCAAUUUCAAAAUCAAAUAAAGCCAAUCAUUUUUAUUUGGGUCCUCUUGGUGGUCCAACAACAAAAUCAGGUCCCAUUUCUGGAAAGACUAGAAAUGGGAAGUUCUUUUCAGGUCCUCUUGGAAAGCCAACAACAAAGUCAGGGCCGAUUUCUGCCAUAACUAAAGGCAGCAAGAAGCUGUGGCAGACUCCUCAGUCACCGGCCAUACAGGAGAAGAAAUCACACUCAAAACCGAAUAGAUUGACUCAAGUUGGACCUUUUAAAGGAUGCAUGGUAGCUUCCAAUAGUUCGCCUAUUGCUAAUUGCUAUAUAAGAUCCACUGCUGUUCAGUCAGGAAUUCUGAAUGAAGCCAAGGAAAAUAACACUGACCAGUUUUCUCAAGGCAGCAUUGCUCAUACUAUGCCAUCAAUAUUCAUUUCCCAGUUCAAGUUAUUGUGUGCUCUUCCUGAUACUCUUGGAGCUGCUGCUUUAGCAUUGCAUUAUGCAAAUGUUAUUAUAGUAAUUGAAAAGCUGGCUGCCUCUCCUCACUUAAUUGGUCAGGAUGCAAGAGAUGACCUAUACAAUAUGUUACCUCUGAAUGUUAGAAAUGCACUGAGAGCAAGACUAAAGCCAUACGCUAAAAACUUGGUUUCCUCAGUUUAUGAUACUACUCUUGCAGGAGAAUGGACUGAGGCAAUAGCGGCAAUAUUAGAAUGGCUGGCCCCACUUGCUCACAACAUGAUAAGAUGGCAAUCAGAACGCAGCUUUGAGCAGCAGAACUUUGUUUCUAGGACAAAUGUGCUCCUGGUACAGACCCUUUACUUUGCAAAUCUGGAGAAGACAGAAGCAACAAUAACUGAGCUUCUUGUUGGUCUUAAUUACAUUUGGAGACUUGGGCGAGAACUUAAUGCAAAAGCUUUGCAGGAGUGUGCUAGUGGUAGAGUACUUGAUGAGUAUUUGGAACUGGAUAACUAACAUUUUCACCAAAGCAGGGUCAGUCACCAUCAUAUUUCAAUAUCCAACAUGACUGGUUUCAGGGUUUGUAUAUGGGUAAAACUCCCACAUCAGGCAGAUACAGGCACUUGUGGCUGGAGAAACGUAUUUCAUUUGGUGGAUGUCGAGGAGAUUAAGCCCCUAUCUGGGAUUUCCUGCACCAAGAGGCAGUUCUUAGUGAGUUUGAGGUAUAGUUUGAGCUUCCAAGCACUAGUUUUAUUAUUCCUUUUGCGAGUGAAAUCCCCUCUUUUUGGCCAUUGAAAACAAUGGCUUCCCCUAUCCUUUUCCUCGUGAAUUUAGUAUAGCGUUAUUAAUUUAGCUGUUAUUGAUGAUUUGUGUAUAAUAUUAGCAUAAUUUAUCUAUAUUAAGUGUAAAUUUAUCA